UCUGGGAUGGGACGACUGGUUGAUCCUGCUUGCACUCGCUAGUUUCAUCUGUCAAGCUUCCUUCCUCAUCCACCUCGCAUGGAUGGAACAACACUUGGAUCUGGGUUUUAUCAGACCUCUUGCGAACGCUUUGGAGUUUGUCGUUCUGGAACUCGCAUUCUAUAUCAUGACUUCACUGUUUCUUAAGCUCUCUUUAGCUGUCUUUUUCUUACGAAUUGUUGUUGCCAAAUGGCAGAGAUACACCAUCAUCAUUGGCACCUCCAUCUUCUCCCUAUUUACGCUCGCCUUCUUCUUCGUCGCAGUCUUUCAGUGUGGACCGCCUUCUCAGUUUCUGCUCAACAACGCCAAGGGAAAAUGUCUGCCCUGGAGUGUCACAGGACCUCUAAACUAUAUCCAUGGUACCUUGAAUGCCAUCACAGAUUGGAUAUUUGUCUCGCUGCCAAUGCUUGUCAUCCGCAACGCCAACAUGAACCGUAAAGGCAAGGCGUCAGUCAUCGGCGUGCUCGCAAUCGGCGUCUUGGGCUCUGUGGCGUGCUUCAAGCGCCACCGAAUUUUUUCGAAGGCUGCGACGAUUGCGAUUGCCAGUAUAAUUGAGAUCGGCUUGGGUGUCACGGCAGCAUGUCUUGCAACUUUGAGACCUUUGUUCAAGAGUGUCCUGGAAUAUUCGCGCAGUGAUUAUACGAAGGACACCGGCAAAGACAAGUCGACCGCUUUCGAGCGUGGGACCGCGUCUCAUACCGCAAGCAGCGGCUCGGCGCUUCAAUCUUCACGCAACAACAGAGCGUUCACACAGUAUGGAUUUAACGCUAAUGAUAUGGUUCCCGGCAAGGACGACGUGCAUGUGGAACUGUCAAGUCUGCCUUCUGGUCGCGGAUCGUCUUCUGACUCGGAUGAGGCGGUAGUGCAUACGCAGACUGUGGUAUAUGAGCAACGCGGAUCUCAAGAUGAACUGCUUGCCAAUGAACAAGAUGCCAAGCAGAACUACAAAGCUCACAUUUGGAGCGCCAAAGACGCCAAGGCGAGCUCAAGU